GCCGCUGUUAGCCGCUGUUAGCCGUUAGCUUCAGAGUAAGACGUAACGUCAACGGUUGACUAUAGUUUCUAUAAAAACAUGUCGUCAGGAGACCGGAGAGAUCCGUUUCUCUACAACCUGCCGCCGCCCGUCCACUGGGAGUUCUGCCGGAUAAUGGACGGACUGUCAGACCUGGACUGGACCCGCUUUGCCUCGGAGGUCCUCGGGGACCAGGUCGCCGUGCGAUUGGCUGAGAGGAAGGAGAGGCGGACCGAUUGGGUGAUGAACCAAUGGGGACACCGGAACGGCCGCGUCGGGGAGCUGAUCGACCUGUUGGAGUGUCUGCAGCUGCUCCGCCCCCGUGAUGUCAUCCUGGGCUGUGAGUUCACUUUGCUGACCUCCUGCAGCAGCUGCUCUGAUGUUGUGUCUCUAGGGGGCGCCGCAGAGCCGGCCGGCUGCAUGGAGGUGCUGGAUCUGGCCCACAGGUGUCUGGACCGGAACCGGAAGAAGAGACCAGCCAUGACCCAGGUGUGUGUGUCUUCUUCUUCCUCCUCUUCCUCUUCUUCUUCUUCUCUCGCCGGUCCGUGUGAAACCGACGAGAGUCGAGGAUUCUCCCAGUACGACCUUGGCUCCCCGUUCAGAUCCAACAGGACCAGCUCCGUGUCUCUGUCUCCGUCCACCAGAGACGGGUCUCCCCGUCCCACAGAGCCCCUGUCGAGCCAGCCUUCUGUCCCCACCGAGGACCAGUACAACUUCCCCCCGCAGCCCAGCGGUGACAGGUCCGGGUCGUGGACCGGGACCGGGUCGUGGGCCGGGGCCUCCCAGGCACCAGACACUGCAGGGCAGAGCACAGCCGGGAUCUAUGGCGUCCCAGAAUGCAUCUCUCCUGCGGGGCCCUUGCAGUCCGCAUCCCCGGAGCCCUCAGUCCACAUGAAUCCCUGUAAGCAGCGUUUCCUGCAGAAGAAGACCCUGUACGAGGAGGGGAGGAUCCAGACCCCCGAGCUGCUGUCGUCUGAUGACCUCUACGGAGGGAGGAGUUCGGACGGAGGGAGGAGUUCGGACGGAGGACCGGAGGAGAGCGACGAGCUGGACCACCUUCCCGCGAGAACACGACCGCCGCAGACCGCCCGCCGCCGCCCUGAACUGCUCCCGAGUCCGCCCCCCUCACACGGCCUGUGACGACGGUUUCCUCUCUCCCGCUCCAUCGAGAUGAGGCCCAGGUCUAAGGUCUAAGGUCUAAGGUCUAAGGUCUAACGUGGUACUAUCCUGGUCACGUGCACACGUGCACGUGAACUUCAACUGGCUCAAGCAGUGACUUCUCACAAGCAGCGUCGUUUAGGAGAUUACUCAAAUUAAAUCUCUUUUUUUCUAGUGCCUGUAAUAAUCAGGUGAUGUCUGCACAAACAUCCCACUGAUGAGAUUUGGGAAGAAAAAUAAUAAUAAUAAUAAUAAUUUUUAUAAUUUAUUAUUAUUAAUCCCACAAGGGGGAAAUUACUUGUAAUUUGUAAUAUUUGUUGUCAUUACACACAGGCCUGAACUACACACACAUACACCUAUACACAUGCACU